AUGAUAACAUUCCACGUAUGGAGACAACAUAAGAACUCAGUGCUAUAUAAGGAGGAGGAGGAGCACAUCGCAAGAGAAGCUCACGCCGGUGGAGCCAUGUCAGGCGUGUGGAUCUUCAACAACAAUGGUGUGCUCCGGCUAAUCGAGAACCCCAACGGUAAGGCGAUGGAGAGCUCUGGGUCUGGGUCUGGUUCGGGUUCGGCAAUGGCGGGGAGAACUAGCGUACUGGUGCACGUGGCAACAGGGAAGGUGGUGGGAUCGCACCAGGAGCUUGAGGGUCACUUGAGAGAGCUUGGUUGGGUACGUUACACCUUGGGAAAUCAAGAGCUUAUCCAGUACCACCGCUCAGCUUCGUCAGUGGACCUCAUCUCGUUGCCGAAGAGGUUCUCGGAUAUCCGAUCAACUCAUAUGUAUGACAUUGCCUUCAAGAACCGGAAUGCGUUUAUCGUCCGGGACCGGAAGCGGCCGUAG